GCAGUGCAGUAGAUGUAGCUAACGGUAAAUAAAUAUUUUACAGAGCAAAGUGCAAGAUGCAAUGACAUUGGUUCUAAAUGUGACUGAUGUGCCAUAGAAGUAUUAGUAUGUAUAUGUAACAAAUAUAGUUCUGCAAAGGGAAUAUAUAUCUCUUCCUCUCUUUCUCUUGCAGUCUCUAGUAGUCCUUCUUACACCUCUUUCAUUUACUCUCUCACCUAUUUCUAUCUCCCAUUCUGUAACUCUCUCCCACUCUCGCUCUCUUACACACCUCCCUUCUCUCUCUCACUCUCUCUGUCUCUUACAGACCUUCUUUCUCUCUCACACUAUUGUCUUUUACACACCUUUCUCUCUCACACAUUCUCUCUGUCUUUUACACACCUGGUCUCUCUCUCUGUCUUGUACACCCCAUCUCUCUUACUCUCUGUCUUCUACACCCCUCCUUUCUCUCUUACACCUCUUCUCUCUUACUCUGUCUUUUGCACUCCUUUCUCUCUCACUCUGUCUUUUACACCUCCCCCCUCUCUCUCUCUCUCUCUCUCUCUCUCUCUCUUUUACUCACUUACUCUCUCUCCCAUCAGUCAUUUUCUCAAUCUCUCUCUCUCUCUCUCUCUCUCUCUCCCUGUCUUUUACACACUUACUAUCUCACGCUCUGUCUCUUCCACCUGUUCUCUUUUACUCUCUGACUUUAACACAUCUCUAUACACACUCUCUCUCUCUCUCUCUCUGUACGCACACAUAUCUGUGUCUUUUUCACUCAUUCUCUUUCUCUCUUAGUCCCCCCACACCUUUCUUUCACUCCUUCUCUCUCACACACUCGCUGUCUCUCACACACCUUUCUCUCUCUGUCUCUAUAUCUCAUUAAUUCUCUCUUGCUCUCUCUCUUACACACAACUCUCUCCCAUCAGUGAAUUUCUCAAUAUCUCUCAUUCUCUCUCUCUCUCUCUCUCUCUCUCUCUCUCUCUCUCUCUCUCUCCCUCACUUACACACACCUCUCUCUACUCUCUCUUUCUAUCUAUCACAGCAGCUCGCUCUCUCUCUCUCUCUCUCUCUCUCUCUCUCUCUCUCUCUCUCUCCCCCCCCCUCUCUCUCCUCCUCCUCCUGUUGUAAGUGAGGAUGAGCUCUGUAUCCUGACGCGUGUCUCCUCCGCCGCGCGCUGCUGCUGUGAGUCGCGCGCUCCGCUGCGCUGCCAUGCGGAACCACUCCUCCUCCCUCUCUCCGGAAGACUGUCUGCACGGGCGCGCGGCGCGUCUCUCUCUGGCGGCCGCGUACGCGCUGCUGUGCGCCGGCGGGCUCGCGCUCAACCUGUCGGUGGUGUGCGUGGUGGGGGGAUUCCGCAAGCUGCGCACCGCGAGCAACGCCUUCAUCGUAAACGGCUGCGUGGCGGACCUGCUGGUGUGCGCCGUGUGGAUGCCGCAGGAGGCGGUGGCCGUGUCCACCGGGGGCGGGGUGGGUCCGCCGGCGCUGCGGGCGCUCCGGGAGGCGCUGCUGCUGCUGGGCAUCACGGUCUCGCUGCUGUCCCACUCGCUGAUCGCCGUCAACCGCUACGUGCUGAUCACCAAGAGCCCUGGCACCUACCAGGCGCUCUACCAGAAGCGGCACACGGAGUGGAUGAUAGCGGGGUCCUGGCUCAUCUCCCUGGCGUCCCUGCUGCCCUGGAUCACCGGCUUCGGCUCCAGGCUGGAGGGAUGCUCAGCAUCUCUAUCACUUUCCUCAUCAGCAUCAGCAUCCGCAUCUCCCUCCCCACUUCCAUCAGCGCUGGCAUCAGCAGUACUCUCAGCAUCAGCAUCUCCAUCACUUCCACCACCAACAUCAUCUGCAUCAGUAUCCCCAGCAUCAGGACCACUUUCAGCAUCAGCAACAUCAGCAUCACCAACACCUGCAGCAUCAGGACCACCACCAGCAUCCUCAACAACCAUUACAGCAUCCUCCGCAUCCUUCACCAUGGGCAUUCCCCUUCUUACCCACCCCCCUUCAGCCGGCACCCUAGCCCUCACCAUCCUGGGUCAGACAGCCGUGGUCCUCUACUGCUACUUCAAGAUCUUCCGCCGCGUCCAAAGCAGCGUGAAGCGGGUGAGCGUCCUGAACUUCCAGCUGGUCAACAGCCUCCCCUGCGCCUUUCCCCGCAAGGACCGGCGCCUGGGCCUCUGCGUCCUGGCCGUGUGCUUCGUGUUCCUGCUGACCACGCAGCCCCUCUGCUGGACGCUGGCGGCCGCCGUCUUCACUCGGGUGCCCGGCCCGCUCUGGACCUUCUCCUGGCUCCUGUUCUGCACCGUGUUCGUGUCCAACCCGUUCCUCUACACCUGGAAGAACGAGGAGUUCCGGAGGUCUCUGAGGUGUGUGGUGCGGGGAGAGCUGUGGAGGGGGUCCACGGUGGGAGUGGAGCCCAGCACGGUCAGCAGCAUCUCACACCUUCUGCCCCGGCAGAGCAGCCGCAGGGCUUUCCUGAGCCAGGCGAACUGAACCCAUCCUGUCUGUACUGUUAAACAUAAUCAGAGUGAUUUUGAUGAUGAUGAUGAUGAUGAGGAUGAUGAAGAUUGUAAUGUGACUUUAAUGAUGGUGGUGAUUGUGGUAAUGGUAGUAAUGAUAAAGAUGGUGUUGGCAGUGGUGAUGAUAGUUGAAAUUUUUUAAAUCAUGACACAGAUGAAGAUAAAGUAGAUAAAGUUGUGUGAAUGAACAUGAUGGUAAAGAUAAUGAUAUUAAUAGCAAAUUAUUUUAAUGAUGAUGAUGGUGGUGAUGAUAAGUUCCUUAUUGCUAUGAUAUUUAAGAUGAUCAUAGAUUUUAUAAGAGUUGAUAAUGGUAAAGAUCCUUCUGAUGAUGAUAAUGAUGAGUAUUUCAUGUUCAUGUGGUGAUGAGAAAGUUGAUGAUGGAUUAAACAGUAUUUUCAUUUAUGAUGAAGAUUCUACUGAUGGUCAUUUGUAUGAGAAUAAUUAUAAAAUUAUAAAAUAAUUAUCUGAAAUAUAAUAUUUUGAUGGUACUGAUGAAGAUACUGGUGAUGAGGAUGAUAGAUAAUAAUUUAAGAGAUAAUAAAGAUUGUACCAAUGAUAAAAAUGUUGACAGUUGUUAGGAUGGUGGUGACAAUGACAAUGAUGAUAAUGAAGAUUAUAGAUGAUAAUUAUUCUAAUGAUAAUGGACAGCAAUAGCAAUUAUGUUUAUGAUGGAAGAUAAUAAUUGUUGAUAAUGAUACAGAUCCUGCCAAUAGUGAUGAUAAUGAUGUUAAUGCAUCAUUAAAAUCAUUGGUAAUGUGGUGGCUUAUUAGGAUGAUGAGGAGUAUGAUGAUUAUCAUGAUGGAAAUUGUUGAAAAUAAUGUAAUGAUGAUUGAUUAUGUGGAAAUGAUAAUGAUGGUAAAGAUGGUAGACAAUCAUUUUUGGGGAUGAUGCUAUGCUGGUGAUAAAAAAAAAUAUGAAAAUGAAGAUUAUAGAUGACGAUUAUGUUGAUGAUAAUGAAUAGCUAUCGUAACUACAUUGAUGAUGGGAGAUAAUAAUUGUUGAUAAUGAUAAAGAUCAUGCCAGUAGUGAUGAUAAAGAUGUUUAAUGCAUCAUUAAAAUCAUUGUUAAUGUGGUGAUGAUGAGGAUGUUGAUGAUGAUGCUGAAGAUGGUUGAUAAUCAUUUUGGUGAUGAAAAUUCUAAAAUAUGAUAACGGUUAUGAUGGUGAUGGUGAUGAUAAAGAUGUUAAUGAAGAUUAUAGAUUAUGACUGUUAAGGAUGCUAAUAGACAUCAGUAAUUAUGUUAAUAAUGAUGAUGCUGAUGAAGACUGUGCUGAUGAAUGUGACGAUAAUAAUAUUGAUGAAGAUGAUCCUACUGAUCGUGACACUGAUGAUGAUAAUGAUAAUGAUGAUGAUGAUGUUUUAGAAAUGUUAUUUUAGUACAUAUAUUUAAGUAAAUCAAAAUGAAAUUGAACCAAAUGCUGAAGAUGAUUAUAAAACAACACUGAACAAACAAAAACAGCAAGAAAUGAUUGUAGUUUUAACAGUGAGUGAUCCAUACAGCCUACACUGUAAAAACAAAGAACAGACAGUCAACACUUUAUUGUGUUCUUGUAACUUUUGUAACACCACUUUUGUAAAGUCGUCUCUGUCCGUGUCGUAAGCAGUGCGUUUACUUCUCGAAGAUUCAGUCAUUUUAACAUUUUAAGGAGCCUGAAGAGCCCGUUCUGAUUUUACAGUGUAGUGAUAAAUUGGACUAUUUUUAUACAAAACAAACAUAAAACUAGACAUUCCUGUUUAAAACCCUGUAUGUAAGCUCACACUUCCCAUAACAACAAUACUGUUGUAAUUAACACCAAGUUUAUAUGCCCCAAAAUUGAACCCUGUGGGAUGCAGCACAAUUGUGUCUGAACUGGUGUUAAUAGCUGAAUAAUAAAGACGUGGUUCCAGGAGUUAAAGGGGGUUAAAUUUCCCAGGGAAAUGGAAAAGAAUGUAUAAAUAAAUCUACUGAGGUAUUAAUUCAUAUUAACUUGAGGAGGUCAAGAGGUCACAAUGGGCCUAAUCACUGUCAGUUUCACCUGCAUGCGGUUUGACAAUGGAAAUGUGUCUGAAAUCAGCCAGUGGUUUUAAAUAUUGUUUUCGCAAACACUGUGUACGAUUUGUGAGAGUUUUCUUGUGAGGAUUUUUGCUAAACACUUGCUGCUGUUCGCUGCUGCUUUUUCACGUAAAAAUGGACUUUGUAUGAACCUGCUGAAAAAUAAAAUGUAAAUUGUC